ACUAAAUAUUUUACGAUUCCAUUUCAAUGUUUCCGAUUGCAUUGUUAAAUUGGAUUUUCAUAGAUUUCGAUUUAUUUUCAUUUUGAUUUAAUUAUUUCGUUUGACACUGCGUUGGAAUUGAGCUGUAUCGUUUACCAUAGCGUUCAUUUCAUGAGUAUAAUUUAUUUUUUUCUUCUUUCAUUGUUUUUCAUUUCGUUUUCUUAACUGUUUUCCUUAUUUUUCAGUGAAAUUGGCGGUAGAAUUGAGCUGUGUCGACUGAGCUGCAUUUGAAUUGAAGUAUUUCUGCAAUCGAUCUGCUUUAGUUCAUCCAAAUAAUGCCUCGCAGAAGAUCAAACUUAGGUCGUCGUACUUGCAGAGCGUAAGCAGUGCAACGAGUAAUUGCAAAUCAAACGGGGGAAGAACAGGCAUCAGCGAACGAGCGAAACAGACAAAGAAUGGCUCAAAUACGUGCCGAAGAAGCAGCAGAGUGACGUGCAGCCAGACUUGAGGAUGAAUGGUUGCGAGCACAGCGAUCGCGUUCUGCAGUUUCAGAUCUGCUUCGUUCUCAACAGAAUGAACGCGACAGGCUGAGAGUGGCUGAAAGACGUCAACGAGAAACAGCAGAUCAGCGUCAAACACGACUCCGUGCUCAGCAAUCAUGUGAUUACAAUCGCCUUGCAUUCCGGUACAGCCCAGCUGAAGAUUAUAGUUUGAGCCGGCAUGUUCUCAUCAGCACCAUGACUGAAGUGUGUCCUUAUUGCAAGGCUCUGAAAUUUAAUGGAGAAACGAAAGGAAUGUGUUGCGCCAUGGGAAAAAUUAAACUGCCUCAACUUGGAGAACCGCCAGAGCCAUUAAAAACUUUGCUUGCCAGAUAUACCGCCGAAUCAAAGCAUUUCCUAUCUAACAUCAGGAAAUAUAACUCAUGCUUCCAAAUGAUGUCAUUCGGCGCAGAAAUUGUAACAGCUCAAUUCAUGUCAACUUUCAAAGUGAAAGGACAAAUUUAUCAUAAAGCCGGCUCCCUGCUUCCGUUCCCAGAUGGGCAACAUAAAUUCCUACAGAUGUAUUUAAUCGGCGAUGGCAAUGAUGAAUUGAGUGCAUGCUGCAGAAUUUCUACCGGCAUAAAAAGGUCCAUCGUUUCCCAACUGCAAGAGCUUCUUCACGAAAAAAACAAUUUAGUGUGUUUGUUCAAAACAGCAAUUGACAUGAUGCCAUCUAAUACACACAAGAUUGUUAUUCAUGCUGACAAAACGCCUGCUGGACAACAUGUGUGAAGAUUCAAUGCUCCAACUAUAGACGAAGUGGUAAUUGUUAUAGUCGGAGAUCAGUUCCAACCUAGAGAUAUUGUUCUUCAUCAGAGAAACGAUCAAUUGACAAAAGUUGCAGAAACUCACUGAUGCUACGAUGCCCUGCAAUAUCCAAUCAUUUUUUGGGAUGGUGCCGAUGGAUAUCACUUCAACAUUAAGAUGAUAAAUCCAGUCAGUGGCGAAGAAACAAAUAUGAAAUGCAGCGCAAUGAACUAUUAUUCAUACCGAUUAAUGAUUCGAGAGAAUGAAGACAAUCACAUUUUGAAAUGCCGUCAAUUGUUUCACCAAUACAUUGUAGAUACGUAUGUAUGCAAAAAUCGAAAGAGAACAUUUGAUAUUCAUCCGUCUGGAUCAGACCAAGCUUCGCUCUGAAGAAUACGUUCAUUCGCAAGAUGCAGUUGUAAAUGACGGUAAUACAACUAACGUUUGAAGACUAACCAUUUUGCCGUCUUCAUAUACAGGCAGUCCACGUCAUAUGCAUGAGUAUGCUCAAGAUGCAAUUGCGUAUGUUCGUCACUACGGGCGUCCAGACUAUUCAUUACGUUCACAUGCAAUCCAGCUUGGGACGAUAUACAACAGCUCUUACUUCCUGGGCAAUCGCCGGUGGAUAGGCAUGACAUCACAGCACGUGUUUUCAGACAGAAGCUGAAAUCACUGAUGGAGUUCAUGGUAAAACAUGAAGUGUUUGGGACUGUGCACUGCUGGAUGUACUCAGUGGAAUGGCAAAAAAGAGGACUGCCACACGCACAUAUACUAAUCUGGCUCUAUAACAAAAUCACUUCAAAUGAAAUCCACGAUGUAACAUGCGCUGAAAUACCUGAUGCCAACGUCGAUAAGGAUUUGCAUGAAGUUGUGACAAAAAAUAUGAUACAUGGACCUUGCAGUACACUGAAUCCAAAUUCACCAUGCAUGAUAGAUGGAAAAUGCUCUAAGCGAUAUCUUCGAGCAUUACUAUCCAACACAGUUACAGGAAACGAUGGAUAUCCUUCAUAUAGAACAAGAUCAGCAGAAGAUGGCGGUAAAUUAGCAACCAUACAAAUGCGAAAUGGUGACAUCGAAGUGGAUAACUGGUGGGUUGUUCCAUAUUCGCCUUUGCUAUCAAAAACAUACAAAGCGCACAUAAACGUGGAAUACUGUAACUCCGUUAAAUCGAUUAAAUACAUUUGUAUGUAUGUGAAUAAAGGCAGCGACAUGGCAGUUUUUGGCAUGCAACCAGAAAGAAGUGAUAGGAAUGCGGUCAUACAUAUCGAUGAAAUUGCACAGUAUCAGGCUGGAACAUACAUAAGCAGCACUGAAGCUGUAUGGCUAAUUCUUUCAUUUCCCAUACAUGAACGAAGUCCAGCCAUUGUUCACUUAGCAGUACAUCUAGAAAAUGGACAAUGCGUUUAUUUCACAACUGCAAAUGUGCAACAAAUAGCCCAGAAUCUACCGGCUACAAUGUUAACUGCUUUCUUCGCGUUACGUCAAAAUGACGCGUUUGUGAAAACACUGCUGUAUUCGGAAGUGCCUAUGUAUUACACAUGGAAUGCGAGUGGAAAAUCAUUUGAACGACACAAAUGAGGAGAGCGAGUCAACGGACAAACUGGCAUAUUCAAAGAAACUACGAUAGGCAGACUGUACACCGUGCAUCCCAAUCAAGAUGAAUGCUUCUUUCUUCGCAUGCUGUUGGUAAAUGUGCCGCCCGGUCCGUCUUUCCAGCAAUUGAGAAUUGUCAACGGCAUUACACAUGCCACUUUCCACAGUGCAUGUCAAGCUCUGAAUUUACUGGAGAACAACCGACACUGGCAUGUAUGCAUUACUGACGCGUGCAACACGUCACAUCCACAUCAAAUUCGUGCAUUGUUUGCAAUCAUAUUGACUGCCUGCUCUCCUUCAUCUUCAACAGAGUUAUAGGAGAAAUAUAAAUCGCACAUGGCUGAAGAUAUUAUCCGUCGAAUAUGCAAGGAAAAUUCCACUAUGACCAUGGAUUUCACAGCAGAAAUCUACAACGAAGCGUUGAUAAUGAUUGAAGAUUUGUGCUUAGAAAUCGCGAACAAAGUUCUCAAUCGAUUGGGAAUACCAUCACCGAAUCGAUCUGCUGCUGCUUUGUUCAAUAUAGAAUUGCGUCAUGAACAAAAUUACAACACAGGUGAUCUUUUGUCAUAUGUGCAAUCAAAUAUUCCUAAGCUAACGCUUGAACAAAAAGGCAUUUAUGAUCAUAUAAUGCAAACUGUCAAUAACGGGGUUGCAGAAAUCUUCUUAGAUGUGCCAGGAGGAACUGGUAAAAUGGUCCUAAUUAGACUGAUUCUGGCAGCAAUUCGAUCCCAAAAUGACAUAGCCUUAGCUCUUGCAUCGUCUGGAACAGCUGUGACAUUGCUACCAAGUGGAAGAACUGCUCAUUCCGCUUUGAAAUUGUCACUGAACAUGCAAUUCAUUGAAACUCCCAUGUGCAACAUUUCUAAAGGAUCAGGCAUGGGAAAGGUAUUGCAGAAAUGCAAACUUAUUGUCUGGGAUGAAUGCACAAUGGCGCACAAAAAAUCGCUCGAGGCUCU